GGACACGGAGGGUGUUUGACUUCCACUCAGUUCAGAGGGAGUGUCUGAGCCGCCUUUUAUAAAGCGGUGCGUCUGCGGGUUGUUUCAGACAAAGUCUGACGAAGGGCGGUGAGCUGUUGAAUCACUUGACCUGCAAGAUGUUGGGAGUGACUCUGUGGUUGUUGGGAGUAUUUGUGUGUGCCUCCUGUGCCGUCACAUGCCCGGAUGGGACCACGUGUUCUAAUCUCAACACCUGCUGUAUGACUAAACGCGGCUACAGCUGCUGUCAUUACCCAAACGCCGUGUGUUGCUCUGACUUGGCCCACUGCUGCCCUUCAGGGUUCCGCUGUAACACGUCUACCCAGAUGUGUGAGCGAAAGCCGUGGACGAUGAUUACACCCAUGGUGAAGAAGCAGGCUGCAGAGAAAUCUGACACUCUUGUUCUACCGGUUUCUCCCCUUCGGGAGCCCGUGAAGAACCAGGUGGCAGACCCGAAAACGAGCUCAGUUGUUCACUGUGACAACUAUUACACGUGUCCUGAUGCCACUACUUGCUGCAGACACCCAGCGGGUACUUGGUUCUGUUGCCCGUACUCUCCUGGAAGGUGUUGUCUGGAUGGCUUCCACUGUUGCCCUUAUGGCUAUGACUGUGACCUCACGUACACGCACUGUGUGAGACGAGGCCUGCGGUAUCCUUUCAGCCCCAACAAAAGUGUGCCAUCAGUGCCGGCCUCUCUCAUUUUGCCUUCAGAGGAAAAAAGCCGCUUGCAAGAGACACCCAUGACUGCUCUGACAGAAGCAAAUGGUGUCGUCGCCGUGGAUGGCGUCAUUCGCUGCGAUUCAUCGUUCUACUGCGCAGCAGGAACAACUUGCUGCAAAGCACCUACAGGCCGAUGGAACUGCUGUCCCUACCCACUGGGCCAGUGUUGUGCAGAUGGGCGACACUGCUGUCAGUAUGGUUAUGCAUGUGACUCCACCUCCCUGUCAUGUAAAAGCGGCUACUCUCAGAUCCCAUCAGGAGCCCAAGAAGCCGCCAAAACCGACUGAGGAAGUUAUUUUAUUUUUUUCUGCACCAGGACAGCAGUCUAAUGAAUGAUGUACUUAAUAAACAAUAGAUCUCCAUGGU